GAAACGCUGUCGCUUAGAAGCUCAGGCGGGACUGGUAGGAACUAAUUGUGCCCGGAACGUUCGUUCGAGGGCUGUGAGGGAAGCCAUUUCCGGACGGACGGGCGGAUUUGUUUCCCCCGUAGCGACGCGAAAAGGCUGUCAUGGCGGCCGCGGGGCUGUUGUGUCGCCUGGGGUCGCGCCUCCUGUCCAGAGGGGCCCUCGCUGCCGUUCCUGAGGCUGCAGGACCGAGGAGACGGGGUCCAUGCUGGGUCAUAUUAAGACACAUUAAUAACAAUGUCACAUGGUGGGAUGAGCACCUUUCAAAAGAGAAUGUCCAGUUUCUUAAAAAAUUGGUAACAGAAGAAUACAAAGCUCAAACAGCCAGUAAACUUUGUCCACUGAAAGAUGAACCUUGGCCUUUGCACCCAUGGCAGUCAGGUUCCAGAAGGGUUGGUGUUAUUGCAGUAAAAUUAGGAAUGAUGCCAUUGUGGACCAAGAAGGGUGAAAAAAUGGCUGUCACACUACUUCAGGUUCAAGACUGCCAUGUGAUACGGCACAUACCAAAGGAAGAAUUUGAUGGGAAAUGCCCUGCUCUGAUUGUUGGAGGGAAAAAUGUAUCUCAGUUUUAUAAACAAGAAUCUGCAAUGGAAAUGUACAGAGCGGUUGGUGUCCCUCCAAAGCAGAAAACUUCAAUAUUCCGAGUGUCAGAAAAUGCGAUCAUUAAGCCAGGUACUCCGCUUUAUGCAGCUCACUUUCGCCCUGGACAGUAUGUGGAUGUUACUGCAAAAACAAUUGGAAAAGGCUUCCAAGGAGUCAUGAAAAGAUGGGGAUUUAAAGGCCAGCCUGCUAGCCAUGGUCAGACUAAAACACACAGGCGACCUGGAGCAAUUUCCAACAGUAAGGUUGCCAAAGUCUUCAAGGGAAAGAAAAUGCCUGGACAGCUGGGUAAUUGGUUCAGAACAACUAAAGGACUAAAGGUGUGGCGAGUCAGUACAAAGUACAAUAUCAUAUACGUACAUGGUAGUGUUCCAGGUCAUAAAAAUUGUUUAGUAAAGGUCAGUGAUUCAUCUUUACCACAUUACCGAGAUGACUGUAAGAACUUCCCAUUCCCAACCUUUUUUGCUGAUGGAGAAGAGCAGCUGCCUGAUGAACUGUAUGAUGAGGAGGUUUUCCAGUUCACUGAGCCCUCCAUUACAUUCAGUUAGCUACUGACAUCCUGAAGAUUUCCCAUCAUGAAUAUCUAUUUGAAGCCACAAAGCAGGAAGUCCUUGGAGAAGGGGUUUCUUGACAUCAUCAACUUGCCCACAUAACCUUUGACAAGUGGUGAUUUUGUGAAGCAUUUUCUUCGUAACUGCGGAUUCUAAAAUUUAAAAUGUAUAAAUCUGUUAUAAAACUGAAGAGGCUGAAGAAUUAUAAAUGAAGACAUCACAAGUUAACAAUUUUUAGAGGUUUUUUUUUUUUAAUGUCAGAACUUCUCAAACUGAGAAUGUUAAUGUGUCUAUAAUGUUGGGACUAUUUGCUUCAAUUGAACUAUGAAACAGAAGGAUACUUCUGUUUGUUUUUCCCCUCCUGAAAACAAUGUUAUUUAGUUAAUAAAAAUACUAUAUAUAAAA